GGCAGGAUGGCAUCACCCAUCUCGCAGAAGCUGGAGGAGAAGCUGGUGUGCUCCAUCUGUCUGGAGCUGUUCAGGGUGCCCGUGACCUUGCCCUGCGGCCACAACUUCUGCAAGCGCUGCAUCAGCGACCACUGGGACAAGCAGAGGCAGGCGGCCGCCGGGACCCAGCCGAGCUACACCUGCCCCGAGUGCCGCAGGGGCUUCGAGCGGUGCCCGGAGCUGGAGAAGAAUGUCACCCUGUACAACGUGGUGGAGCUGGCCCAGGACAGUGAGGCUCGGGGCUCGGCCAUGGGCUCGGCGGCCCCCGCCGAGCUGUGCCGGCAGCACGGGCGCCCGCUGGAGCUGUACUGCGAGGACGAGCGGCGCUGCAUCUGCUGCAUCUGCACCGUCCGCGACUGCCAGCGGCACCGGAGGGUGCUCUUCGAGGAGGAACGAGCCAAAAAGCAGACCUUUUUGAAAGAAUCUCUGGGAAAAGCCCAGGAGGAAUUGGAGAGGACUGAGCUGGCAAUGAAGGAGCUGGAGGUGAAAACACAGAGCAUCAAGGACUGCUCUGAGGAGUUCAAGGCUGGGAUUCAGAGCAAAUUUACCCACCUGAAGAAAGCUCUGGAGGAUUUCCAGUGUCAGACAGUGGCCAGGAUUGAGCAAGAGCACAGUGCGGCACUGGAGUGUGUGGACAAGAACUGGAACCUGUGCAAGGACCGCCUGGAUGUCCUUGGCCAGCACAGAGAGAGGGCUCAGAGCCUGCUGGCCUGUCCUGACCACAGGACCUUCCUGCAGGAGUUCCCCCUGCUCCCACCUCUGGAGAGCCCAGAGGUGCUGGUGCCCGUGGAGUUUAAUGUGGCUGCUGUGAUCAAACCCAUCUCUGAGAUCCUCACCAGCAUCUCCAGGCUCCUGCUGGAGGACCUGCCUGGCUCUGUGGCCCCCAAAGCCCCAGACUCCACUGUCCAAGGCCCAGUGCAUCCCCAGGAGCUGGCAGUGAAGGCUGUGGCCCCUCUCCCCACGUGCCAGCUCCGAGCUGAGCUCCUGAAGGACCAUCGCAACCUGACCUUCGACCCCAAGACAGCCAACAAGUACCUGGAGCUGUCGAAAGGUGCCCGGAAAGCCAAGCACGGUCCCGGUGCCGUCCAUGGGCAGGAGCAGGGCCCCCGCUUCGAGCCCUGGCAGGUGCUGUGCACGCAGAGUUAUGGCCCCGGCCACCACUACUGGGAGGUGAGGAUCUCCAGCCACUCUGUCGUGCUGGGGGUCACCUACCGGGGGCUCCCCUGGGAGCAGCAGCAGGGCUGCAGGUUCAACAUCGGGCUGGACGGGGGCUCGUGGGGGCUGCAGGUGAGGGAGGAUUGUUACCUGGCCUGGCACAAGGGCCAGGCCAAGAAAAUCCAGGAGAAACUCUAUAAGAACCUGGGGGUCAGCCUGGAUUAUGGCAAGGGGCUCCUCUCCUUCUAUGGCCUCGGGGAGAGGACAAAGCUCAUCCACUCCUUCCACAGUGUCUUCACAGAGCCCCUGUACCCCGUGUUUUGGCUGUGUGAGGGGCGAAUGGUGACGCUGUGCCAGAGGGACUGAGCCAGAGCCACCACACUGAGCCAUAGCCAGGCUGGCAUGUCCCAGGCUGGUGCCAUAAUGGAGCUGCAGCUGAGGCUGUCAUGGUACAGUGGGACCUCAGCGCUGAGGCAGGUGUGGAGUGCAGCGUUUUAACAAGAGCUUGAUGAGGACAGACAUGUAAAUUAACCUGUUUGAUCUGCAUAUGCAAAUAUUACACUAGUAACAUGGCAGGGCUGGAGCUCACCGUGGGUGCCUGUCCCUGCAGACAGAGCAAGGGAAGAGGGGAUAAAGAAGGUGAAAAAAUUAUAUUUUCCUCUUUCUUCUAUCCCUGCCAAACUUCCCAAACUUGGGGAAGGUUUGGGAUGAGGGGGACCCCAGAGGGAGGUGCUGCUGCCACAGGGUGCUCUGAAACAAUUCAGAGGGACCUCUGUGCUCACACAGCCUCAUAUGCAGGCAGGUCCUGCUUCCCCCAGCCCCUUCUUGGUUACCUCUUGUUGUUCUCAGGCC